ACUUUUUGUUCCGAAAUUGUAUAAACUAGUCACGAAGAAAGAUGUGAGAUAGUGGAUACUCUGGUCAAUUUAUUAAAAUUAUAGGGUGUAUAUGUAAAAGGAGAUGUAAUCUUUGAUCCCCUAUCCCCCCAAAGAAUGUAUCGUUGAAGUGAAAAAGAACAGCAAUGGCGACGGAAGAAGACCAACGCUUAACCGAAUGGCGCCUGCAUCGUGGCCCUUACCUUGGCGACAUCUCAGCUCUCUGCUUUCUUCAUCUUCCCAAUCACCCUCUUCCUCUUCUUCUAGCCGGUUUGGGUUCGGAAAUUCUGUUGUACGACUUAGAAUUUGGGAAGAUAAUGAAAUCGUUUUCGGUUUUCGAUGGAAUUCGUGUGCACGGGAUUGCUUCUAGUUCUGAAUUUGUGAUUGUAGUGUUUGGAGAGAAAAGAGUGAAAAUGUUUCGGUUUUCGUUCAAAAAUGACGAUUUUGGGAGUCCACAGUUAACAUUGAUCCAUUUGUUGCCCAAGUUUGGUCAUUGGGUUUUGGAUGUUUGCUUCCUCAAGGGCUGUUUACCUUGUUCGAAUGUGGAGAGUGAUUUUCUUGCUAUAGGAUGUAGCGACAAUUCAGUUUGCAUAUGGGACAUUUCCAAUUCUAAUGUUGUUCUUAAGGUUCAAUCACCAGUACGAUGCCUUUUGUACUCAAUGCGGUUAUGGGGUCACAAUCUUGAAGUUCUCCGUAUUGCAUCCGGUACAAUAUUUAACGAGAUUGUCGUUUGGAAAGUAUCCCCUCAACAUGAUAAAUCUUCAACAACUCCAGAAGACCAUGACCGUCACGGAUCUAAUUGCAGCUCACUAAAAGAUAAUAUGUAUGAGGCUGUUCACGUAUGUAAACUUGUGGGACAUGAAGGUUCAAUCUUCCGAAUAGCGUGGUCGUCCUGUGGAUCUAAACUUCUGUCUGUUUCUGAUGACCGUAGCGCACGUGUAUGGGCUGUUCCUACUGAAAGGGAAGAUUCAUUGUACAACGAUCCCAUUGCCCUUGUCUUAUUUGGACAUAAUGCUCGAGUUUGGGACUGUUGUAUUUCUGAUCAUUUUAUUGUCACUGUCAGUGAGGAUUGUACAUGUCGUAUAUGGGGAAUUAAUGGUGAACAGCUGCAAGUCAUUAGAGAGCACAUAGGUAGGGGUAUAUGGAGAUGUUUGUAUGACCCAAAUUUGUCACUUCUUAUAACUGCUGGGUUUGACUCUGCUAUCAAGGUGCAUAGGCCUCAUUCUUGUCUGUCCAGGGGUUUGGCAGCAGCACAAUUAUCCCCCGGAAGAACAGAGAUGUUUUCCAUUUGCAUCCCUAAUAUGUUGGAGCAUAUUGGAUUGACAGACAGCAAGAGUGAAUACGUUCGUUGUUUGCGUUUUUCAUCUCAGGAUUCUCUUUUUGUUGCUACCAAUCACGGUUAUCUCUACCAUGCUAAAUUAUGUGAGGCUGGAGGUGCUUGUUGGAAUCAGCUUGUCCAGGUCAGCAACGGGGCACAGAUUAUCUGCAUGGAUUUAUUGUCCAAGGACUCCUUUGAACAAGGAUGUGGUGAUGAGGAUUGGAUUGCCAUUGGAGAUGGUAAAGGAAAUAUGACAGUUGUUGUAGUUACUAACAAUGAUUGUGCUCCUACAGUUAGGUUGAGCUUUACUUGGCAAGCUGAAAUGGAGAGGCAGCUAUUGGGUACUUAUUGGUGCAAAUCUUUGGGAUCUAGGUAUGUCUUUACAACUGACCCCAGAGGAGGAUUGAAACUCUGGAGGUUGCCUGACCCUUCACAAUCUAAUAGUCAGAACUCCAUGAGGGAUAUUGUGUCACAUGCAGCAGAAUUCAUAUCAAGUUAUGGAAUGCGGAUAAUGUGUUUGGAUGCAUGCUUGGAGGAAGAGGUCCUAGCAUGUGGAGAUCUACGUGGAAAUAUGGUUUUGUUUCCUUUGCUAAAGAAUCUGGUGCUAGGCACAUCUGUUGCACAAGAGAUGAAAAUACCGCCAGUAAAUCAUUUUAAAGGUGUUCACGGGAUUUCAAGUGUCUCCAGCGUUGUUGUAACUAAGCUUGGUUAUAAUCAAAUUGAGAUACGCUCAACUGGAGCAGAUGGUUGUAUAUGCUAUCUGGAAUAUGAUGGGGAAAUGCAGCAUUUGCAAUUUACGGGAAUGAAACAAGUGAAAGAGUUGUCUUCGAUUGAGCAUGUUUCUGUUGAUAACAACUCGGAAGAUACAUCAUCAAGAAGCUAUGCAGCAGGUUUUGCGUCUGUAGAUUUCAUCGUAUGGAAUUUAGUCAAUGAGAAUAAGGUGGUGAAAAUUCCAUGUGGUGGCUGGCGGCGUCCUCAUUCCUAUUUUCUAGGUGAUGUACCAGAGAUGAAGAACUGUUUUGCUUUUGUUAAGGAUGAAAUAAUAUAUAUACAUAGACACUGGAUUAAUGAUAACGUUGGGAAGAUAUACCCUCUAAGUUUGCAUAUGCAAUUCCAUGGGAGAGAGAUACAUUCCUUGUGCUUUAUACACGAAGAUAUGCUUCUAGGAGAUUAUUGUAAACGUGCAUCAUUUUCUAAAUCAAGUUGGAUUGCAACUGGAUGUGAAGACGGGACUGUGAGAUUGACUUGGUACUCUCCAGGUAUUGAGAAUUGGUCCAUGUCAAAAUUGCUUGGUGAGCAUGUUGGAGGAUCAGCUGUAAGGUCAAUUUGUUGUGUUUCGAAACUACACAUCAUUCCAUCAGCUACAACCGAAGUACCUGAUGGGAGGAGCGAACAUAAUGCUGCUGAUGAGGACAAAGAUAAUCCAAUUUUACUGAUAUCAGUGGGUGCAAAGCGUGUCUUAACUUCUUGGCUACUUAAAAGCAGGAAACUGGAUGACAAAACUAACUUCCGAACUGAUAAUCAGCAUGAUGCAAAGGAACUUGAUGAUCAAUUUUUGUCCAGCAUGUCUUCUUCAAUGACGUUCCAGUGGCUUUCCACUGACAUGCCAACCAAAUAUUCAAGUACACACAGAUAUACAGAAAAUAAUGUGGGGAAAGCAGUUGAUGUUGCUGAAAGUGGUUCUAAAAUAAAAAUUGAUGCUGAGGCUGGAUCACUGAUUUCUGAAGGGGGGACAAUGAACUUGGUCAGAGAUAAACAUGAGGAUGACUGGAGAUAUCUUGCGGUCACUGCUUUUCUUGUUAAAUGUGCUGGUUCCAGGAUAUCUGUCUGCUUUGUUGUCGUUGCUUGUUCAGAUGCUACAGUUAUGUUACGGGCUUUAAUUUUACCCUUUCGCUUAUGGUUUGACGUUGCAUUACUUGUUCCUUUAUUGGCACCUGUUUUGUCAUUGCAGCAUAUCAUCUUUCCCUUACGUAUGCCUUAUAAAGAUAACGUCAAAGUUGGAAAUGUUUACAUUGUGAUUGGCGGAUCUACUGAUGGGAGUGUUACAUUUUGGGACCUGACUGACAGUGUGGAAGCUUUUAUGCAGAGCGUUUCAGUUUGUGAUGUAGAGAAGCUUUUUGAUUGUCAAAAACGACCACGCACAGGGAGAGGAAGUCAGGGUGGUAGACGGUGGAGGAGAUCUUUAAGCAGUGGGUUAUCAAAGGAAAGACAAGGCAACAAUCAGGUGACUUCAAAAGCCAAAAACAAGGCCAAAAGCAUCAAUUCUACUACACAUGGGACCUCUUCAGUGCCAAAUAAAUCUGAAGACAACAAUAUGGUUUGUUCUCAAACCAGACAUACAGCUUCCCCCGUGUUGGAAACUAAGGCUGAUGAUUCCUCAGCGGAAAUAUGUGAAAUACAACCUCUGCACCUUUUGAAAAAUGUUCACCAAUCUGGUGUCAACUGUCUCCAUGUUUCAGAGAUAAAAGCCGGGCAAACUAAUGAUAGUUCCUGCGUGUACAACAUAAUUAGUGGGGGAGAUGAUCAGUCAAUUCAUCAUCUCGUGGUUGAGUUAUCAACUAAAACAAUAAAUCUUGAUUAUGGGGUUUUAACCCCAGAUGUAGCACAUUUGGUCACUGAACCUGAAUACUUGAAGGACAUCAAUUUUCAAAAUCAGAGCAGAAACUACGAGAUCAGAUUCUUAAAUUCUGAAAAAUUUCCUUCGGCCCACAGCUCUUCUGUGAAAGGUGUCUGGACGGAUGGAUCUUGGGUGUUUUCGACUGGACUUGAUCAGCGGGUCAGAUGCUGGCAUCUUCACCAGAGUAAACUAAUAGAACGUGCACACCUAAUAGUUAGUGUGCCGGAGCCUGAAGCGUUAUCUGCUAGGGCAUGUAGCAGGAACCAUUAUCAGAUUGCUGUUGCUGGAAGAGGGAUGCAAAUAGUGGACUUCUCAGGAUGCCAGCACGAUGAAUGAUGCGAGGAUAAUUGAUUGUUGUUAUCUUAUUUUAUUUUUAAAUCAGAAUAAUUUAUGGAGGUGCAAUUUGUUCAACCUCGUUCAGAUGUAUCCAUUUCUAAUCCUGCUGAUAUUUUCUAGUAUAUUGGCAAAAUGGUCUGUGGUUUAUCCAUGCCUCUGAAAAUUGUUGGGAAUCUGCAAUGUGCAAUUUUGAUUUAUAUUUAACUGUAACGUACUAUAAAUUAUUUUAAAUCCAAGGAGAAUGUGUCGCAUUGAUGUUUCUCACUGUUU